AUGCCUCCUAAAAGAAUCGUUGUCGAGAGAGCCAGCCCGCGCUCCCGCCAGCCCAAGGGCUACUUCAGAUCGACCUACGAUGCUCUAACCUCCUCUGAGAAUGCGCCUAUCGUCCGCAGCAUCGCCAUCUUCGGCGUGAGUCUUCCUGCUAUAUUCGCGCUCUCUUCAGAUGAAGCUUGCUAA